GCCGUUUGUGAAAAUGACACAUCGUGUCACACACACGCCCUGACAAAGCAGGUGAGAAGUUAAACCGGACUGGGGGACACGUUCAUUGUUGAUUUAUAUCGCAAAGCACACUCUCCAUCAAAAAUGGCAGACUUGUGGGAAGAGUUACAAAGUGUUGCGAAUGCUGCUCCUGCUUCGUUCACAGCAGCGCCAGGGGAAAGAGGUACCAUUAAAGCCAGUUCUAACUUCAAUGUCAGUGAAGACGUUGCAGCUCUCCGUAAAGCAAUUGAAGGCAUAGGUACAACUGAGAAGACACUGAUAGAGAUACUGACUCACAGGAGCAGCAGUCAGAAACAGGCCAUUUCAAGGGCUUAUGAAGAAACUACAAAGAGGAUAUUUGUAAAUGACUUGAAAGGCGACACCCGGGGCGACUUUGAAAAGGUGCUUGUUGCGCUUGCAAGACCACCUGCGGUCAAUGAUGCUAAAUGGCUAAUCAAAGCAAUGAAAGGGGCUGGAACGGACAAAGACAUCCUGAUAGAAAUACUUGCCUCACGGACAAAUAAGCAAAUCAAAGAGCUGUCUGCUGCAUUUGCCGAGAAAACAAAGAAAACACUGGUACAGAACCUAAAGUCAGAAGUUUCAGGGCAUUUUGGCAAAGCCAUCCUUCUGCUUGCUGAGGGUGCAAGGGAUGAAAGCACCAAUGUGAAUACAGACAAGGCCAAAGAGGAUGCAAAGGCCCUCUAUCAUGCAGGCGAGAAGAGACUGGGAACUGAUGAGUCCAAAUUCAUUGAGAUCCUCUGUAAAAGGAGCUUCCCUCACCUGAGACAAACAAUAUUGGAAUAUAAAAACAUCAGUGGCAAGACUUUGCAGAAGAGCAUUGAGAAAGAAAUGUCUGGAAGCUUGGAGGAUCUGCUGGUUGCCAUUGUAAAGUGUGCGAUGAGUACUCCUGCAUACUUUGCUGAAAAACUCUACAAAAGCAUGAAGGGAAUAGGUACAGAUGAAACCACUCUGACCAGAGUAAUGGUCAGCCGUGGAGAGAUUGACAUGUUGGACAUCAGAGCUGAAUUCAAGAAGCUCUAUAAGCAUUCACUCCACAAGGAAAUAAGUUCUGAUGUGUCUGGAAACUACAGUGAUUGCUUGAAGAUGAUUUGUGGAGGAGAAGACUAACCCAGAAAGGCUACUGAAGAUGACCUGCUUAGUUAUUUUCAAUGUGUGCUAAAUGAAUAAAUGUAACUGUAAUAGGAUUGUUAAAGCCUUUUUUUAGUUUAUGUAGAUUAAGGCAGGUAUAAAACAUGGGGAGUGACCUUUUUUGUCUAAACUACUCGUAAGGAUAAAUUACUAAAUGGCAAGUAAAUAAGCUAAUAGAUAACAUGAUUUAGAACAUUGUAAUGUUGUAUUUCUGAUCACUCAUUAAUAUUAAAAACAAUUAUGAAAUUACUAUGAAUAUUCCUGCAUUUCAAUUACUUAGUUCUAACAAAAAAAAGUGAUUUCAGCAUAUUACCUUUUUGUCAUUUUGUCCUUCAGAAAUUAUGUGAAUCCAAUGUGUUUUUACAUGUUGUCUGGGCAAAAUAGUAUAGAAAAAAUUAUUUAUACCACUAACUGAUUUCUUAAUAAUUGGCACAAAUGUCACUCUGUUUUGUUUAAUGUCUGUUUCUGCCUCUAUCGUUUUAUUAAAUUUAACUGCUGCAUUUUAAUUAUCUCAGUAAUGAUGGCAGUUUUCCAGACAUAAAUGUCAUU